GAGUAUAGUAAGCGCGAAAAGAGAAAAAUCAAAUCUAUAUUGUUUCCAUUUCUCAGGGGUUUUAUAGUGUUAGGGUUUUACAUUUCUUCUUUUUCUUUCAACAAUGGCGGAAACCUGCUCCGUCGACGCUUCUCUCUGGUGGGACUCAUUCACUCUCUUCUUCACUCAGCUCGAAAACUUAUCCCCCUCCUCGGAUCUUCCACCAAAUUUGGCGAAGAAGUUGAAGGAAAACCAUUCGUGGUUCGCUGACUUGCUCUUGCGUUUCAAGCCACCGAGUCAGAAGUCAAAGGAAGCUUUGAACUCGAAGAAGCUGAAAAUUGGAUCUCAUGAGCUCACAGUUCAACCUGAGCUCAAAGAUAAAGCUCUUCAGAUUAGCUCCUACUUGCUACUAGAUGAGGUUCAAUCAUACAUACUUGUGGAAAGGUCCAUUAAAAAUAACAGUGUGGCUCCUAGUUUGAUGUUUCCAGAGUUUCUUCACAUGAUGUUGAUUCAAUAUUACAUGGAGCGACAAUGCUUGCUGAAGUGCAUAAGGUGGAUUCUCAUGCAUGCUAUUUAUAUUGGUUCUAUAUCUGAAGACAAUAUUGUUAGGGAGGAGGCAAAAAAGCUGUUUGAUAAUCAGCUAGAAAGUAAGUUAGUAUCAUUCUUCGAGGACCAUUUGUCUUGCAGCUUCCCCGAACAAAUGGAUGUUGAUCUUUUUACUCUGUGGUCUGAGGAGACUCUAAUUGAAGACAACUUGAUUUUAGAUAUCCUUUUUCUUGGAUACUAUGACUCAUUUUGUACAUGUAGUGCUGAAAUAUGGAAGAGGUUUUGUUCUCUUUACAAGGGGAUCUUACUUGGUGACUAUAACUUGGGGAAGCUGGCAAUAACUACAGAAGCACAACAGUUGUCUUACCAUACUAAAGUUCAGCUGCUUCUUAUUUUAAUAGAAACACUGAACUUGGAGAAUAUGCUUCAAAUGGUUCAUGAUGAAAGACCUUAUAGGAAGGGUGUGUGUUCUUUUUCCUUGAAUAAUGUCCAAGAGAUCGAUGCACUAGUUUCUACUUUCAGUGGUUUUGAAAUGAAUGAAGCUGGUCCUCUUGUUCUAGCUUGGGCAGUAUUUCUUUAUCUGCUCUUGACACUUCCGGGUAAAAAUGGGACCAAUGAGCUAAUGGAGAUUGAUCACAUUGGUUAUGUUCGUCAAGCCUUUGAGGCUGGAUUCUUACGUUACUGUCUUGAAAUUCUUGAGUGUGACAUCUUCAAGGAGUAUGAUGGCCCAGCGUCUGGUUAUCGCAGUGUUUUGAGGACAUUCAUAUCUGCAUUUAUUGCAUCUUAUGAGGUCAACCUUCAGCCAGAGGACGGUAACCCUGCUUUGAUACUGGAUAUUCUUUGCAAGAUCUACCAUGGAGAGGAGUCACUAUGUACUCAGUUUUGGGACAAGGAAAGUUUUAUUGAUGGUCCAGUUCGGUGUCUUCUUUACAACCUGGAGAGCGAGUUCCCUGUCAGGACACUUGAACUUGUACGGCUCUUGUCUUCCCUUUGUGAAGGCACUUGGCCUGCAGAAUGUGUGUAUAACUUUCUAGAUAAGUCUGUUGGUGUAUCAUCCUUGUUCGAGAUUAGCAGUGAUUCACAGGUAGAUGAUGCCUCUCAUAUGGUAGAGGCACGACAGGCAGUGCAAGUUCCUGGAGUUGAGGGAUUUUUUAUUCCUCCUGGUACUCGUGGGCGUGUCUUGAAAUUUGUUGGAGAGGAUACUGCCCUCGUGCGAUGGGAGUAUGCUCCAUCUGGGGUGUUUCUUUUGCUCCUAAGUUUGGCCCAAGAUGUGUACUUGAAUAACAAGGAGGAAGUUCUUUGCACGCUUGACCUGCUCAGCAGAUUGGUGUCCUUUAAUACUGCUGUCUGUUUUGCUGUGUUAGACAUUAGCAACUCUCUACAGUUCCAUGCUAUUGGCCUGAUGAACGAGCAGAUUGAAAAGAAUGUCUGGGUGGUUGAGAUAAUCUGUAAUCUGGUUAAAAACCUGCCUCUGAAUUCCUGUAGUGCUGCACUUAUGUCAAUGGCCAUCAAGAUCUUGGUGACUAUGUUGAUUUGUUCUCCAGCUAAUGUUACAACAGUUGCUUUAAAUGCAAAUCUAUUUGAUAUCAAUUUGCAGACUGCCGUGUUCAGUGUAGGCAACAAUGGCUUCUCAAGUGGGUCAUGGUUGCUUUCCAGCAAACUGGCAAGGAUGAUUUUAACUGAUUGUGAGAUGAACAGUAGUGACUGCCCCUUGGCAAUAUCAGUGCUGGACUUCACCAUACAGCUUGUAGAGACAGGGGUGGAGAAUGAUGCUCUCCUGGCACUGAUCAUUUUCUCUGUACAAUUUGUCCUAGUCAAUCACCAGUAUUGGAAAUACAAGAUAAAGCAAACCAGAUGGAAAAUAAUGUUGAAGGUUCUUGAAUUGAUGAAAAAAUGCCUUGAGUCGAUGCCCUGUUAUGGAAAGUUGGGAGAGAUCAUACACAAGGUGUUAUUCUCUGAUUCUUCCAUCCACAACACACUCUUCCAAAUUGCUUGCACUACUGCCCAAGCCUUGGAGAAACUGCAUGUAAGCCGCCUCUUUGAUCCAAUGGAAAUUGAGGGGAUACAGCUUGCUAUAGGAUCUGUCUUGGACAUUCUUGUGGUUAUGCUGACUAGACUGUCAAAGGAUAACUCUUCCAGCUUUCCCGUUUUUCUCCAAGCAGUGUUCUCAUGCACAACCAAAUCAGUUCCUCUUAUCACUUCUGUUACUUCUUUGAUUUCAUACUUCCGGGAUCCUGCCAUCCAGUUGGGUGCUGUCAAGUUCAUUUCAAUGUUAUUUGUCACGGCAGAUUGUUGUCAACCAUUUUCGUAUGGAACCACGUUUUUUGCUCCUGAUAAUGAGGAGAUCAUGGAUUUGAGGCGUUCUGCAAGCUACAUACUGCAGGAGCAACUGGUAUCAAAUGAAGACCUUUUUGUUGCAACACUUAAUUUAUUCACUUCUGCAGCACGUUACCAGGCUGCUUUUGUUGUUGCUAUCUUUGCUCCAGAUGCCGGCAAUGGAGACCAACAUAAUACUGGGGAUCCAAAGUCGCAAAGUAGUGAAACUUCUCUGGUACCGCUAGUAUCCAAAAAAUCAAGUUUACUAGAUGCGCUUAUGCUCUAUAUUGAGAGGGCACGUGAUCUGAUCAAAAGCAAGCCUCGGAUACUGCUUAGUGUACUUAACUUCAUGGUUUCCCUGUGGCAAGGGUCUCCUCAAUAUGCAAAUCUCUUAGAAAUUUUGAGAAGCUAUGGAAAGUUUUGGCGACACUUGGCCGACGCAAUCUCAAAUGUUUCCAACACUGAGAUCCCUUUACUUGAAACUGUUAAAGAAGAAGAUGCUUGCAAUCUGGCAUACAGUUUCCAUUGUCAAUCUGCCAUUCUCAGAAUCAUGGCAUAUGAAUUGUUUUUGCAGAAAAAGUUGUUGCAUGCAGAGUUACUUGGGAAGGAUGAAUCUAAGGACAAGGAGAAAAAUGCCACAAAAUCUGACAAAUCUAAUACCACAGAUUUUCAUGAACUUAAGGGAAUCUGGUCUUCAUGGUUCAAAGAUUCUGUCUUACAAAAACUAAUAAAGUCAUAUACUUGUUGUGGAUAUAAGAAUGAUAUAUAUUAUGGUGCAAAGGUGGCCACCAAUUCAUUCUCUGUUCAUGUGAUGGAAAAAUUAGCUGUUGGUGACUCAGGAAGUUUAUCUGUGUCAUUGCUUCAGAAGAUUCAUGGAAACCUCAUAAAGUUGAGCAUGCAUCCUGCUUUCUCUGAAUUGUUGUCUCAAUAUUCACAGCGCGGUUACAGUGAGGGAAAAGAACUGAAGAAGUUGAUACUCAGUGACCUCUUUUAUCAUUUACAAGGAGAGCUUGAAGGGAGAAAAAUUGGUAUUGGACCAUUCAAAGAACUAUCUCAGUAUCUCAUUGAAUCAAAUUUUUUGGGAACCUACCAACACCAGUUCAAUGAAGACUCUCUUGUGAAGAAUGUAUACUUGUUUGACCUGAAACGAUUGCGAGCAGAUAUGAAACUAGAUGUUUGGGAUUGUUCUCAUUGGAGAACAUCUAGGGAUAUUGCAGAAACUAUGUUGAGUUUUCUGCAGGAUGCAAACUCAAUUAUGUUGCUGUCAAGUUCAAGGCUUUCUGCAUCAAAAGGAUUAAUAGCUGUUUUGGCUGUUUGCCAUGAUAAUUUGUUAGGGAAGGCUACUAAAGAAGAGGGGAUCCCAGAUGAACUUGUAAUCUCCUGCAUAGAUAGUAUUUGCAAGUCUUUGCUUGCAACAAUUGAAACGUUAUCACCUGUUCUUGAUGCCUCCGAAGAUGUAUUCAAUUUUCUUGCUUCUCAAGUAGAAUUGCUUUUCCACUUGAUGAGAACUGUCAGAAGGAGCAUCCCCUUAUCUGCAUCCCUACUUGUUUUGAAAUGUGCAAGUUCAGGUCUCAAGCUGUUGAGUGAAAUUAAGAGGUUGCCUUCUGGGGCUGAUGAUAUCAUGGUGCUAUUGCUGACAUUGCUGCUUUUGGUACUACAGUUCAACUCCCUCAAAUCACAUUCAGAUGGGGUGGCAGAUGAGAGUUCUGACGAGAACUUCUCAAAGGUUUCAAAUGCAACCCUAGGCCUGCUACCCGUUCUUUGCAAUUGCAUAACAACUUCAGAGCAUGGUAUGCUGUCACUGUCUGUUAUAGACUUGAUAUUGAGAAGCUUCUUGAUGCCGAGGACUUGGCUACCUAUCCUGCAGAGUCAUCUUCAGCUGCAGCUUGUUAUGCUAAAACUCCAAGAUAAAACUUCGCCCUCGAUUCCAAUGAUAUUGAAAUUCUUUUUAACCGUUGCACGAGUUAGAGGGGGUGCUGAGAUGCUUUAUAGUUCUGGUUUCUUGUCAUCACUGAGAGUGUUGUUUGCCGAAUCUUGUGAGAUUUUCUCUAGAAGUGGAAGCCAGAAUCCAGUCAGCUCAUAUGAGAAGUCUGAAACCCCCCAAGACAUUUGGGGACUUGGAUUAGCUGUGAUUACAUCUACCCUUCAAUCCUUAGGAGACAGUUCUUCCGGAACUGCUAUUGUGAACAGCAUGAUACCUUACUUUUUCUCAGAGAAGGCUCAUCUUAUUUUUUCUUCUCUAAAUGCCCCAGCCCUUCCUUCUGAUGAUCAUGACAAGAAAAGACCUCGGGCACAGAGAUCAGGGAUUUCUUUUGCCACUCUUAAAGAAACGGAACAUACUUUGAUGCUCAUGUGUGAGCUUGCAAAACAUUGGAGUUUAUGGAUUAAGGCGAUAAAAGAUGUAGAUAGACAGCUCAGAGAGAAAUGUAUCCAUCUUUUAGCCUUUAUUAGCAGGGGAACUCAACGUCUUGGUGAUUUUUCAAGCCAGAAUGCCCCUCUAUUGUGUCCACCUACUACGAAAGAGGAUUUUGAAAUUUUCUUGAACCCUUCAUACAUCAGUAGUAGAAAAGGAUGGUUUGCUCUCUCACCACUUGGAUGUGUGUCAAAACAGAAGAUCUCUUCCUUGUCAACUGCAAUAUCUAUCUCUGGUGAAGCAUCUGAGAGUACUGAUCCUUCUCCAAAAACACACUUUUCUGACGCUGUAGCUGUGCAGGUUUAUAGAAUCACAUUUCUUCUAUUAAAAUUUCUCUGCUUACAAGCCGAGGGUGCUGCUAAAAGGGCUGAGGAGGUUGGCUUUGUUGAUCUUGCACAUUUUCCUGAGCUUCCUAUGCCAGAAAUUUUGCAUGGACUGCAGGAUCAAGCAAUUGCUAUUGUUACUGAGCUUUGUGAUUCCAACAAACUGAGGGCCUCUCGAGACACACAGAACGUUUGCAACUUAAUGCUGCAAAUUUUUGAAAUGGCCUUGCACUUAGAACUUUGUGUUCUACAAAUUUGUGGAAUAAGACCUGUAUUAGGUCGUGUGGAUGAUUUUUCAAAAGAAGUCAAAUCCUUAUUCAGUGCAAUGGAGGGCCAUGCUUUUCUAAAAGCAUCUAGCAAGUCUUUAAAACAGAUGAUAUCGUGUGUCUAUCCUGGAUUGCUGCAGGCGGAGAAUUUCAUGUGAGUCAUCCCCUGGAUAAGAGAACAUUAUUGAUUGUACAGAAUUUUUCGUAGUGCCAAUUAGUCACAACUCUUUUUUCUUCUACUUUCUUGUAGCUAGAUAUUCCACAUCAUGAUAUAUAAAUGUGGAUUAUUAUUCUUCAUAUUUGUAGCAUAUGUUUGUGUUUAUCCCUUUCUUGUGGGGAGAAAAAAAAAAGAAAAAAGGAAAAAAAGAUGUCAUCCUUCAUCAGUGGGAGUGAUUAUUGAUAUGUAGUGCGCUACAUCAUUGUCAUUCGAAAAUUGGUUUCCUUCAGGAGGUCCCUGUGUCAUGCCAUGUUUAGUCGGUGAUGGUGAUGACUCCAUCGGCCCAUCGUCUUUUGGAUCUCCAUGAUCAGGACCUCUUGUAAAGGGCAUAGCAGUAUGAGUGUUUUGCAAUGGAUGCCAAAUUUCUGGUUUUGCCUAUGGUUUAGAAUUAGUAGGUGAAUGAUUUUCAUGCAAUACUGGAGCUAUAGGCCUUUAGUUAACAUUAUACAAAUAAUAGGAAUAAGGUCUCGCUUUUAGCUUUUGAUUUUUUUUCUUCUUUUUACCAAGUUUAUUAUCCUAACUUCUUGUUACGAGUAUUAGGAAUGAUCUUUGGAGAAAAGAAAGGGAAAAAAAAUAUGAAUACUUAUCUGGGUUCUGAUAAUUUUUUGAAAAGACUACGAGCCUUUCAAAAAAAAAAAUUAUUUAAUUAACUUCGUGAGACUGGUUAGUUUUUUUGUCAA